AACAUGUAAUUUUACCACAGUWGGUCCGUUAAAUGUAAAUAAUUYCAAAGAAAGUAUGCUUCCUCGAUAGCUUGGAAGUMUUUAUAUGUUUUUGAUAUGGAUGUCGAUCCGGAAUUUGAAUUUGAAUGUCCAAAGUGGGUCGACUUCGAGUUUGAAGAAGGCGAUGAAUUUGAGGAAUGUUUGGAUGAUUCUUGGUUUGGUAGAGACCAUCCCUUGCAUGAACCUAAAGACAAAGACGASAAUGAACAACCAAAACCGCUCAUUGACGUUAAGGAACAUGAAACCRCAUCAAAUUCAACAACCACCGCAACAAAAGCUGCUUCAAAAAACAAAACUUCUAAAAAAUCAAUCGGUGUGAAGCGAUCUGUUACAAUGCAAAGAAGAGAAGGGCGAAGRAUGCUCCCAGAUGUUCAUAAAAUAAACAGUAAAAAUCAGGAAAAUGCUUCCAAAUGUGAAUUCAACCAGAAGAGAGAUUUUACACCUCCAUCAACAACUGAUUCUCCGUUACGCUCAGAAAAGAGCAACACUCCUUUAUCGUCAUUGCAUUCACCUCUUCGUGGUAAGCUUGAUUCUUCUCCUGCUGUUAAUUCACCUAAACGUAAACUCCUUGCUAAGGCUGUAAAUAAUGCAGUUAAUGCAGACGGACAGAGGAAAAGAAGACGAUUGCCAACUAUUCCAAAUGAGAGCCAGGAUGYAUCAGCCCUUUUACCCCUAAGAGCAAAGUCAGCAUCAGAUGAUUCCAAACAGCCACACUCUUUUACCAAAACCCCUGACCAAAGCCCAUAUAGAUUAGAGGAAAAACCAACCACAUUAAUCAGCCAACAACCAAAACAAUCCCAAAACAAACCAGGUAYUGAAGAUGACAAAAGCUUGGAAGAAAUGCUGAAAUURCACAAUCAAAAAGUKAUGGCUACAAGGUGUAGAUACGAUAACAAUGGUAGAAGAAUUAAGACMGAAAAUGCAUCUAAUGUUGCUUCUUCAAGUGCAAAUAACAGUAAAGACACUAGUGCAAGUAUCAAAGAUAAAGUCAUCAAAACUACCUCAGUUAAAAACCAUGUUGUUAAAGAAACAAAUACUGAUAUGGCUUCCAAAAAAUUAAUCCAAAAAGAAAAUAAUAAGAAAAAUACUUUGGAAGAAGUACCAACUAUUUCAAAGUCAAGUAAAAACACUUCUAAUAAAGAUAAUGGCUUGAAACUGAAUUCAAUUGAAGAGAAUCAGGGAGAUGAGAUGAGUGUAGAAGACCUGCUGAAGCUUCACAACAAAAAGGUUACUGCUUCUAAAUGUAAAUAUGAUUCUAAUGGACGACGUAUUCAGCCUGGUAACCCUGCUUUUUGUCCUGCUCCCAGUAAGUCUGAACCAACAACAUCAAGAACUACUUUGAGCAGAAGUAAAAGCCAAAGCUCAGUACAGAAGAAAACAGCAGGCAAACCGACAAUCAAUGAUACAAAAACAAAUCCCAAGCAUCACAGAAGAUCCUGCAUUGCUGCACCAAGCACAUUAACUACAGACACAGCUUCAACACUUACAAAUAACCCCACAGAUUCUACUGUCAAGGCUGUGCAGAAGAAAAAGAGAAGGUCAUGCAUUGAGGGAUUGGCGACAGGCAGCGUCAUGGCAGGAGCUGCACAAAAAUCACACAAGCAAAAGAGGCGGUCUUGCUUUGCUGCGCCACGAGAAAUGACCCAGGCUAAUAGUGAAGUCGAUGAUGAACUCAAGAGUCUUAUUGCUAGGCACAACCAAAGACUUGCUAUGCUUAAAUAAAUAUAUUAUAUGUGUGGUGGACUUGUGGGGUCGAUAUGUAUAGAAUAAUGACGAGCCUCAUUGAUACAGGUCUACAGGUAUAUGUGGACAUUCAAUUUGAUAGAAACAAAAGUCAAUUGAAAAAUAAAUGGGUUUCAAUUGGUGACAGAAAAAACCCGUACAUUAUCAUAAAGCAGUUUACUAUGUCUGAUAUUAGUCAGAUAUGUGUGGGAUGGACUCAAAUUUACUUUAUACAUGCUCAGCCUCCUUUUGUCGUCAAAAUUCCCUUGCUAAAUUUAGAAUAAAAUUAGACUUAAUCCACUGUUAAUGUUAUGAAAUUAGUCAACAUACGUCAGUUGGAUUAAAUAAUGUAAAUAUGUGAUUUAAAGAAAGUUUUUAUCAACUUGAACAUUUACUUCAUAUUUUCUCAACUGAUYGUGCAAGGUUAUUUAACGAAAAUAAGUGGGCAGAAAAAAUAUAUYUUAAUUMAGGCACCUUACAAUGAACUACUUCUUUGGGAAAAAAAACAAACGAUCAAAUGAC